UUUUCGUUGGAGGUAUUGAGGCCGGGGAAGAAUUUUCAAGGCUUCUUCCUUAUCCUGGUUGGUUUUUUAAAGGGUUCAUUCGGAGUUACCAUUUGAGAUUUUUCUUUCAAAAGUCUUUACUUUUGGAGGGUAUUGAAACAUAGGCAAGGGAGCUAGGAAGAACAAAUAGCAAUGGCAGAUUGGGGUGGUUUUCUGAAGAAAAGCAGCAAUUUUGGUGGGGGGUCAAUGAGGAAUGAAGAUUUUGAUGAAGAAGAUGUGUGGGGUGUGGCUAAGGAGGAGAAUUAUUUAAGGGUAUCUAAGGACUCAUCUGGUUCUUCUUCUGCAUGGCGCAUGCCUACCUCUCCAAGAAAGAUCCAAAGGGUUAAUAGUACUACACUACCCUUCUCGGGAUCCGAAUCCGAUGAAAAUGUGGUACAAGGGUACUCAGCACCUAUGAACAUCCCUGACUGGUCAAAAAUUUAUGGGAAUAAUGGCAAGAAGGGGUCAAGGGAUGGUUCAUGUGUUGCUGUUGGGGAAAGAGUAAACAACAAUGGGGAUUGUGGUUAUGGGGAUCAUUACAAUGAUGAUGCUGAGGAUGAGGAUGAGGGUGAUAUGAUUCCUCCCCAUGAAUGGAUUGCUAGGAAACUUGCAAGGAGCCAGAUUUCAUCUUUCUCUGUGUGUGAAGGGAUAGGAAGGACACUGAAAGGAAGAGAUCUUAGCAAAGUGAGAAAUGCUGUUUUGACCAAAACUGGUUUCAUAGAGUAGUUAGUGGAUUCACCACCAUACUCAUGUCAUUAUCAGCUUCAUGUUUUGGCAUCACUUCUGACCCUACCACAAUGAAAGUCAUCAUCAUCAUUGUUAGACUCCGAUCCCAUGCAAUCUUUUUAUUUUUAUUUUUAUUUUUAUUUUUAUCAUUCGUACUAAUAUGUAGAAUGGAAUGUGAGGUCCUGCUGUCUUCGUAACUUAAAAUAGAGUCUGUUACAUGAAAGCCAGAGCUUCCCUUUUUUGUUUUGUUCUUUUUGUUUCUUGUUCUAAAUUUUCUGGAA